AUGGGGACGUCCAACAAGGAUUCAGACUCGAAGUUGUACGAGCUGAAUGAGCAACUUCUGCUGCUGGCCUCUCUGGUGACGACGGUGACGUAUCUCUCCGGGCUCAACCUGCUGGGGGGAAACUGGCAACAGAUGGAGGACGGGCACGUCGCCGGCAACCCGAUCCUCCGGUACACCGACAUCAGUAGGUAUCGCAUUUUAUACUCCUUUAAUGCCACGGCGUUCGCCUCGUCAGUCAUGGUCUGCCUCAUCCUCGUGAUGCUCCGGAGGAACAGAAAGGUCUGGACAAUGGUGCUGCCGGUGGUCAUGGUGGUCGACCUGCUCUCCGUCAUUGGUUCCUUCGCCGCCGGGACCUGCCGUGACGCCUUCACCACCAUCUUUGCCUCUGGGCUCGCCUUCGCAGUUUUGGCCUACAUUGCGUAUGCUUUCAUACCUUGCUACGUCAGGAGUUGGAACAGGGGCCGCGACAACACCCCCAUCCCCAUAAACACAAACAAGGGUUACAAAGAAAAGAAGAAGGUAGAGGUGUUGAUACUGCUGGCGACCUUCACCUUCACCAUCUCAUAUGCCACCGGGCUGAACCCGCCUGGUGGCUUCUGGAGCAGCACCCAGCAUGAGAAGGAGGAUGGCCGCCUUCUUCACCUCGCCGGCAACCCCAUCAUGGAGGACACCAGGCGCCGGAGGUACCGGGCCUUCUUUGUAUGCAACACCGUGGUGCUCCUCGCCUCCUUGCUCGUCAUCCUGCUGCUCCUGGCCAACAAGGUGAGCAGGAUCAUCUCAGCGCGGGUUGUCAGGAUCUACGGAUUCAUAGCGGUCGCCCUCCUGGGUCUCAUGGGGGCCUAUGCUACUGGGAGCUCCAGGGAGACGGAGAAUACCGUAAUGGUCAUCGUCUCCCUGUCCACCGUGAUUCCUGCCUGGGUGGGCCUGCAGCUGGCUCUUAAUUAUGUCUUUCAUUGGAAACCAAUCAGGAAUGUGCGUGACAAUUUCUCCCAAUGGUCAAAGAAAUCAAGUCCCGCAGGUGACAGCGCAGUUGCGAGCACAGUCUUCAAAAAUAAUUGCUAUUUGGCUAUGGUACUUGCUGGUUUUGCGGUAUGCAUCACUUACCAAGCAGGAAUGGAUCCACCGGGUGGCCUCUGGCAAGACAACCUGGAUGGGCAUGAGAUUGGGCGUCCUGUGCUACAGACUACACAUCAUGCACGCUACCAGGUUUUCUUCUACAGCAACUCCGCAGCUUUCGUGACAUCUCUGGGAGCACCAGAGAUGCAAAAAGGUCCAUCUAUGUUGUCAUCGUGA